AUGUAUAAAAUGGAAUAUUCUUACCUCAAUUCCUCUGCCUACGAGUCCUGUAUGGCUGGGAUGGACACUUCAAGCCUGGCUUCAGCAUAUGCUGACUUCAGUUCCUGCAGCCAAGCCAGUGGCUUUCAAUAUAACCCUAUAAGGACCACUUUUGGGGCCACCUCUGGCUGCCCAUCCCUCACUCCAGGAUCCUGCAGUCUCGGCUCUCUUAGGGACCACCAGAGCAGUCCAUACGCAGCAGUUCCUUACAAACUCUUCACUGACCACGGGGGUUUAAACGAGAAGAGGAAACAGAGGCGGAUCAGAACCACGUUCACCAGCGCCCAGCUCAAGGAACUGGAGAGGGUGUUUGCAGAGACUCAUUACCCGGAUAUAUACACCCGUGAGGAGCUGGCGCUCAAAAUAGACCUCACCGAGGCGAGAGUGCAG